AUGAUACAGACAUUGUCAAAUGUCGCCCAAAGAGACUUACAUUUGUCCAAAGAUAAUGCUUGGUAUUCCCUGUCUAUAAUUAUGGAUUUGCUGACAUGUGAGGAAAUUCGAUUUGGCCAAUUCAAGCUGGUUUUUGCUGUUGGGUCCAAUAAAUGCUUCUUCGAUUGGCGAUCCCAGGUUGUUGAAUGGAACAGGAAGUCCCAUCAUCAUGGAAAAGGUGGGAACCAGAUCGAUCUGGUUCACUGCCCUGAAGUCAUUGCCCAAAUUGGAUAUGUUGUAAUGGUCGUUGGAAAGUCUGCCAAAAUAAUCGCGUUUGGAUUUCUGUUUCAUGGCAUAGUGUCUUGGGCCAUAACGGUGUCCACAAUGGUCAACUCCGAGGAAAUGGCCAAUCAGCACGUCCCAUUCGGUGCCUUGGUCUUUGAUCAUCGGGUAAAGAUGCUCAAUCACACCGUUGUCAACACUAUGAAGGUCCCAGACGUUCAACGAAGGGAACGGAAACGUCAUGUUCGGGUGCAGGAACGGAGAAAACAGCGCGGUCCAAGUAUCGUCGCCGACAAACGCCACGUUUUUGCCAAAACUGUGCAAUUGAGACACCCAGUUGUCCUCGUCGAUGGUGUCUCCAUCGAAGUUGGAUCCUGCGUCAACAAACGUCGGCAAAGAGCCGGUGGUUAA